AUGACUUUUUGUUUCUGUGUUCAUAACUUGUGUUCUGAUCAUAAACCGAUGAAUUACAUUAUGAGAAGUCACGAUUGGGGUUAUACUUGGAGCGAUCCAGAAGACUUAUCAGUGAAGAAUCCAUAUUUUAAAGACUGGCCCUACUGUUUCGGUCCUGGUUACGGAAUACAAAAACAGUACAAGCCACAUGUUGGUCGUCUCAUUUCUUGCGGACAUACUGUUGACCGCGAUAAUUUCAAGACACAGUCCAUGUACUGUCUAUAUAGUGACGAUCACGGUAUAACUUGGACAGUUGGUGCCACUCUCUAUGGAAUGCCGUACGGUAUGGGGAAAAAAAAUGGUGACUUCCUUGCUGGAGAACCACAGCUUGUUGAAUUACCAGAUGGAAGUAUUUUUGUGAAUAUUCGUAACACUCAUGGUUAUCAUUGUAAUUGUCGUAUCAUUGCUAAAAGCUUUGAUGGCGGCGAAACAUUUCCACUGACUAAUGUCACUGUUGAUCCCAACCUGGUUGAUCCUGGAUGUGAGGGUAGCCUUCUGUUGCACAAAAACAUUAUGUUCUUCUCGAAUCCAAACUCAUCUGCAGGGCGUUUAAAUAUGACAGUGAAAUACAGUAUGGAUUAUGGUAAACAUUGGAAUGGUGAUAUACAUAUAUACUCUGAUAUCAGCGAAUACUCAUGUCUGGCAGAUAUAGAUGAAAAUCAUGUUGGUGUCCUUUAUGAAAGAGAUCAUUAUCAACAAAUGGGAUUUGCUAAAAUAAGACUCAACUAA